AUGAAAUUGCUAUGCAGUUUGGUAUGGGAAGCACUUAGUGUAAGUGGGGAAAUUGAAACGGAGCGUGCGACCUGCUGUCAUGAUCUCAUCUCUUCUUCUCUUACAGGCUAUGCCCAUGAUGAACAGCUGAAGGAAGAGGAGGAAAUAAAGGAGGAGGAAGAGGAGGAGGAAGAGAGUGGAUCUGUAGCUCAACUUCAGGGCAGCAACGAGCCAGGGACGGACGAGGAGCUAGAUACAGGCCCCGAGCAGAAGGGCUGCUUCAGUUUCCAGAACUCUCCGGGAAGUCAUUUGUCCACCCAGGACGCUGAAAACGAGUCCCUGCUGAGCGAUGCCAGCGACCAGGUGUCGGAGGCUAAGAGCGCCUGCGGCCGAGAUGCCUCGGAUAAGAAAGCCAGCACCCACUCCAAACCACCGAAGGAAGCGCACAACUGCAUGGACAAGAUGACGGCCGUCUAUGCCAACAUCCUGUCUGACUCCUACUGGUCGAGCCUGGGCCUCGGCUUCAAGCUGUCCGGCAGCGACAGGCGGAAUUGUGACACGCGCAAUGGCAACAAGGGCGACUUUGAUUGGCACCAGGAUGCCCUGUCCAAAAGCCUGCAGCAGAACCUGCCCUCCCGCUCGGUGGCCAAGCCCAGCCUGUUCAGCUCGGUGCAGCUGUACCGUCAGAGCAGUAAGAUGUGCGGCUCCGUGUUCACCGGGGCCAGCAGGUUCCGCUGCCGCCAGUGCAGCGCGGCCUACGACACUCUGGUCGAACUGACCGUGCACAUGAACGAGACCGGCCACUACCAGGACGACAACCGCAAGAAGGAUAAGCUCAGGCCCACGAGCUACUCCAAGCCCCGCAAGCGCGCUUUCCAGGACAUGGACAAGGAGGACGCGCAGAAGGUCCUGAAGUGCAUGUUCUGUGGCGACUCCUUCGACUCCCUGCAAGACCUGAGCGUCCACAUGAUCAAAACAAAACAUUACCAAAAAGUGCCUUUGAAGGAGCCGGUGCCGACCCUCUCCUCCAAGAUGGUGACUCCGGCCAAGAAGCGUGUUUUUGAUGUCAACCGGCCGUGUUCGCCCGACUCCACCACGGGCUCCUUCUCAGACUCCUUCUCCUCCCCCAAGAGCGCCGGCCUACAGCUGUCCGCCAACAACCGCUACGGCUACCAGAACGGCGCCAGCUACACCUGGCAGUUCGAGGCGUGCAAGUCCCAGAUCCUGAAGUGCAUGGAGUGUGGCAGCUCCCACGACACCCUGCAGCAGCUCACCACACACAUGAUGGUCACGGGCCACUUCCUGAAGGUCACCAGCUCGGCCUCCAAGAAGGGGAAGCAGCUGGUGCUGGACCCGCUGGCGGUGGAGAAGAUGCAGUCGUUGUGUGAUGCUCCCAACAGCGACUCCAUGGCUCCUAAGCCAUCAAGUAACUCCGCUUCUGACUGCUCGGCCUCGUCCACCGAGCUAAAGAAAGACGGCGACAAGGAGAAGGCGGAGGAGGCCAGCAAGGACAAGAAGGUGGGGAGGAGCGAGGAGUACGAAGACCAGCUGCAGAAGCCCUUGGACCCCACGAUGAAAUAUCAGUAUCUGAGGGAGGAGGAUUUGGAGGACGGCUCUAAGGGCGGAGGGGACAUUUUGAAGUCACUGGAAAAUACCGUCACCACGGCCAUCAACAAAGCCCAGAACGGGGCUCCCAGCUGGAGCGCGUACCCCAGCAUCCACGCUGCCUACCAGCUGUCAGAGGGCACCAAGCCCGCGUUACCUCUGGGCUCCCAGGUCCUGCAGAUUCGCCCCAACCUCGCCAACAAGUUACGGCCCAUCGCCCCGAAGUGGAAAGUCAUGCCCCUUGUGUCUGUGCCCGCGAACCUGGCCCCGUACACACAAGUGAAGAAGGAGUCGGAAGACAAAGAUGAGGUCUUGAAGGAAUGUGGGAAGGAGAGUCCCCACCAAGAAGCUUUCAGCCACAGUGAAGGGGAGUCUGGCAUCAAAAUCGAGCCCCCUUCAGAAUCCAGGAAGGCUGAGCCUUGUCCCCCGAAGGAGGAAAGCAAGCUGGUGAAAGACGGUGACGGCAAGGAGAAGGUGCAGCGCUUGGAGUCCCCGGCUCUUAGCAACGGCUGUGUGCUCACCAGCCACACUGCGGCCCUGCCCUGCAUCAAUCCACUCAGCGCCCUGCAGUCCGUCUUGAACAAUCACCUGGGCAAAGCCACCGAGCCCUUGCGCACUCCUUCCUCCUCCAGCCCCAGCCCCAGCACGAUGUCCAUGUUCCACAAAGCCAGUGUCAACGUCAUGGACAAGCCGGUGCUGAGCCCAGCCUCCACACGGCCAGCCAGUGUAUCCAGGCGUUACCUGUUUGAGAACAACGACCAGCCCAUCGACCUCACCAAGUCCAAAACCAAGAAGCCAGAGUCCUCCUCGCAAGCACAAUCUUGUACCUCCCCGCCUCAGAAGCACGCCCUGUCUGACAUCGCUGACAUGGUCAAAGUCCUCCCGAAAGCCACCACCCCGAAGCCGGCCGCCUCCUCCAGGGUCCCUCCCGUGAAGCUGGAAAUGGACGUCAGGCGCUUCGAGGACGUCUCCAGCGAGGUCUCGACUUUGCAUAAAAGGAAAGGCCGGCAGUCCAACUGGAACCCUCAGCAUCUCCUGAUUCUGCAAGCUCAGUUCGCCUCCAGCCUCUUCCAGACGUCCGAGGGCAAGUAUCUGCUGUCUGACCUGGGUCCCCAGGAACGUAUGCAAAUCUCAAAGUUCACAGGACUGUCCAUGACCACCAUCAGCCACUGGCUGGCCAACGUCAAGUACCAACUGAGGAAAACGGGUGGGACCAAAUUUCUGAAAAACAUGGACAAAGGACACCCUGUCUUUUACUGUGGUGACUGUGCCUCCCAGUUUAGAACCCCUUCGACUUACAUCAGUCACUUAGAAUCGCACCUCGGCUUCCAAAUGAAGGACAUGAACCGCAUGGCAGUGGACCAGCAAAGCAAGGGGGAGCAGGAAAUCUCCCGGGUAUCGUCGGCUCAGAGGUCUCCGGAAGCAAUAGCUGGCGAAGAGGACAUAGACUCUAAAUUCAAGUGUAAGUUGUGCUGUCGGACAUUUGUGAGCAAACACGCAGUCAAACUCCACCUAAGCAAAACUCACAGCAAGUCACCCGAACACCACUCACAGUUUGUAACAGACGUGGAUGAAGAAUAG